GUAGGCUGCUAGGAUACUGCUGUGACUAGUAUCACUAGAGUGGCUGGCACACCUGGCAACUUCAGAGGAACCCACUCUCUCUACGAGUGGGAGAUACGAUACGAUACGAUACGAUGACUGGGUCCCAGGGAAAACAAGGAAGUAAGAACAGAGGGAACGAGACAAACUGCAUGCAGCACGAAACGACAGCAGCAGCAGCCGGAGCUGCUGCUCCGGGCAAAGUCGACACCAACACGGCGUGGGAUCGUCGGAUACGUGGAGCGUCGUGCGUGUCAUUCUUUCUGGGCUGCGUGUGGGUGCUGCUGUUCCCCCUGGUGACACUGACUACCGGAGAAUCCAAACCGAGGGGAACCUUCUUCGACGAGAACGCGAUGCUCGUGCACCACACUUCGACCAAGCUCACGGUCGCCGACGUCGACUGGGCGAAGCCUGCGCGGCUCACCAAAGCCUACCCUCAGCAGGAUGGUGCCACGGGUGCGGAAUGGGUUUGCAGAGUGCUGCAUGGGAUGGACCUUCCAUGCUACACUCACAGCUUUUACGAGAGACCGACGUCACGCUCCGGACUGCGAAAUAGCGUGUACACCAUACUGGACCCGGCACCAGGGUCAGACGGCAAGGAGUGCAUGGUACUGACGACAUCUCAAGACCUAUCUGGUGCGGCGGAGGACAUGCUAGACCAACCAACCUUCACGGGACUGUCGCUCUCUCUGUCGGUCCUCAAGUAUCUCAAGGAUCGUGUGGGGUGGAUGUCGAAGCGAAUAGUCGUGCUCAUCGCCGAUGAGGAUGGGCAGGGCGUGGAUCGCUUGUUCCUGGGGGUCAAGAGAUUCAUCGACGAUUACCACACGGAUACCCUGGAUUUGCUCGAGAGGCACACAAAGGAUUCCAACAUGACAAGAUCGAUUCAACACUGUGGAGUGAUGCGGGCAGCCUUGUCUCUAGAAUACGAUGAGCCGGGAGAGCCUCAGGUGGUGCAAUUGCUCACGUCAGGGGUAAACGGCGAACUCCCGAAUAUGGACCUUCUCAAUGUGGCAGUGAUUCAUCACGAACGCCAGGGAGUCGGGGUUCGGCUAGACACUUGCUCCGCUCCUCUGCACGGAGAUCAACUCGCCUGCUUAGAUGCAGUGGGACAGGCUGCCACAGCGGUUGACCGGCAUGUGCCAAAAAAGAGCGAUGCUGUUCAAGGAUACUUCGACCGGCUCUUCGGGAUGCUGGGUUUUAUGGGAUCUGCCGUGAUGGGGCCAAGUGGGCCGCACGCGCACUUCUUGAGGCACAGCGUGGAUGCCUUGACAAUCCGAGGCCUCGGGAGGACUGGAGGGGAGCCAGCGGGCACCGGCAAGCGCGCUGUUUCUUCAGGUUCAGGCGUCAGUACCACCGCCGCCGUGGUUAGUAUCAUCCGCGGCGUUUCGAACUUGGAGGAGGAGCUACACCACUCGUUCUUCAGCUACAUCAUGCUGUCUAAGGCAGCAUUCGUCUCCAUAGGUGAAUAUGCUUACGCGCUGGUUUUGCUGCUAGUCCCGCUGGGGCUGCAAGGAAGACGCCUUUCAACACUCAACGGAGACAAAACCCUCGCCACGGCUGUGCUGGUCGUGGCAACGUUUGAGGUGUUCGGGGCGCUCCUCUUGUGGAUCGCAUCUGCUUGGCCCGAGCCGUCUGAGACAGCUCUGGGGGUGUACCUCAAGGUGGCAGAUCUGGCUGGGUAUAUGUUGGUGUUGGCUGUGUACGUAUGCUCGCCGAGGCAAGCAGGCAGCCCACAAAGACUCGCAACUUGGGUGGGGCCCAAAACAGUUAUGUCGUGCGUGCUAGGCUAUGCGUGCUCCGUGACGGCUCUUCUCAGCUGGCAGGUGGCGGCGGUGCUAGCACUUACCCAUGUGCCGUUGCUUCUUGCGGCACGGCCGUUCCAGCGAAAGCGUUUGUCAAGUUGGUGUAUGGCGUUCGGUAUGAUAAUCAGCUCGCCAGCACGCUGGUCGUCCGUCCUUGGAUGGGCCACGGCACGUGCCUCGGGCACGAGCGUAGUGUUGCGAUGGUUGCGGUUGUACCGGUUGUCUGGGCUGUUGAACUUGCCGCUCAUGUGCCUCGUGUCCAUGCCGACGCACUUGACGAUAGCUUUCGUGCUCUUAAACCAACAGUCUUAAGAUAAUACUGCUGUAAAUCGGCAAUAUUAAGCUCUCAAAGCUCUCAUCAAGUCUCCGGAUUUGUUAUCCCAACCUUGCAUACUUCUGCAGAGGGAUACAUGAGGUUUCGACCACCUGUCCAGAUUGCGUGGGUGCUACCCAUCAAGCGCAUCUUGACUUUAUAUUACUCCCCUACGUUGCAAAACGCGAUCAUGUUGCCCCUCUUGACAAGUUUUUGAAGCCGAUGCCUUGGCACGAAACCAGCACCGUUGAUGUCUGAGGGUCUGGUUUCAGUCGGAAGUACGCUCCGAAGAAGUCUCGCAAGUGCCGGAGGUAGGUCACGCUGUACCGUGUGAGCUUGCCGAUGCGGAGACGGCUCACGUCCUCGGGGCACAGAACCAUUAGGAGCAUCGCCAAGCUCUGGUGGGACGAGUCUACGCACCCGCCGUUUUUGAUUUCCUCCAAGAUAAGCUUGCUGCCGAAGUUCCCAAGGUCCUCCGGGAGUGUUCCCUUGUCAGCCGCAGUCUCGGCCACCAGAAGAACACCAGUCGUCGACUCCGCUACGAGGCUCAAAGCGAACCCAGGCGAUUCCCCUCCGGUGCGACCAGCAUGAUGGUCGGUAUGGACCCACACAUCAGGGAGAAGGCGAUUCAACAAGCCUCGAGAAGACUCUGCGACGCGGUUGGCAAUUUGCGGGG